UAUGAUAAGUUUUUGAUAAUAGUGGAAACACUCUCCUUCACAUAUAAAACGAUUAGGCAAAAGUCAUUUCUCGAGUAGCGAAGGUUAUUCUUUCUCUGUAUUCAUUGAUUAAAUUGGCUAAAAUAAAAAUGACAAAAGAAAUCGAAGAAUUCGUUAUAAAAUCUCCACGAGAACACCCACCAAUUAGUGAUGUGAAUUUUAGUGAAUAUAUUGCAAAAAAAUUCACCGUUGAUAAUUGCAAUAAAACGGCAAUUAUUAUUCCGGAAAAUGGAAUGGAACUUACAUUCAUACAAUUUCAUCAACAAAUUCAACGAUAUGCUAAAGGAUUUUUAUCUUUAGGAUUGGAACGAAAUGAUAUGGUUUUUUUUGCUGAUAAUUCUUUGGAUCUUUUAACAUCACAAAUAGCCACUAUAUAUUUAGGUGUAGUAUUCUCACCGAUGACACCGGCAAAUGGUCCAUUUGAAAUGUCGAAUCAUAUACAUAAUGCACGUGGUACUGUUUUAUUUGUGGAUCGCCAACGUGUCGAAAAGAUUUUAUUACCAGCAAUGGAUAAUGAGAAAUAUGCUCCGCAGUUAAAAGGACUUAAAAUGUUGAUUAUCAUUGAUUCCAAUGAUGAUACUGAUGAUGAAAUGAUUUCAACAUUGAGCAAACAUCCAAUGUCUCCCAAAUCUGUUGUAUCGAUGAAACGAAUUAAAGAGAAUCUCGAAUAUUUGGAAAUUCCAUUCUUUGAACGAAAUAAAGAUGAUCAUUUAAUGAUUGUGUAUACUUCUGGAACAACUGGACAACCUAAAGGAGUGAUAUAUACCCAUCAUUCAGCAAGAUCGAUGAUUGAAACAAAUACGCCAAUUCUAAUGAAUUGUCGAUUUUCAUUUUGGUAUCCAUUUGGUCAUAUUUCUGGUGCAAUGUUUAGCGCGUACAAUUUAUGUCAUGGAAUCACAUUGGUGAUAGAAAAAGAACCGAUUUUGGAUAAAUUAUUAUCAUCUGUUGAAAAAUAUGGAAUUGAAGAGUUAGCAAUUGCCCCGGGACAUGCAACACAAUUGAUACGUGAAGAUUAUCGAUUAAAAUAUAAUCUUCAAUCAUUACGUGUAUUGGUAUUCGGUGGAUCGAAAAUACCGAAAGAACAACUUGUUGAAAUUCGUAAUCGAUAUAAUGUCAUAAUGCAUGAAUUGUAUGGUUCCACUGAAUUGUUACACUGUGCCUAUAACACUGGUGAUGAUGUAAAUGAACCAGUUGGCAGUGUUGGUCCACCAUCACCUUAUUGUGAAAUGAAAAUUAUUGAUUUAGAAACGGGAAAAAAUCUACCAGCUAAUUGUUCGGGAGAAAUUUGUUUUCGUGGACCACAUCUAUUCAUUGGUUAUUUUCAUAAUGAAGAAGCUACAGCGAAAGCAAUCGAUUCUCGAGGAUGGUAUCAUACUGGUGAUUUAGGUCAUUAUGAUGAACGUGGCAAUCUUUAUAUUAUAGAUCGAAUCAAAGAAAUGAUCAAAUUUCGAUAUUGGAGUAUUUGGCCCUAUGAAAUCGAAGAAUAUUUAUUAGAAAAUCCAGCUAUUGAUAGCUGUUGUGCUGUUGGUGUUAAACAUCAAACCGAUGGACAAUGGUUAAGAGCAUAUGUUGUAAUUCGGCCAGGUCAUCAAGUGACCGAACAAGAAUUGAUUAAAAAUGUUCAAGAUAAUUUGGCCUUCCAAAGACGACUUAGAGCCGGUGUUCGAUUUGUCGAUAAAUUACCACGAACAUCCAUUGGAAAAAUUGAUCGAAAACAAUGCCGUAAAUGGAUUGAAAAUGAAUUGAUAACCGAAAUAGACGAAUGAUGAUUUUUUCGAACUUUUCAUUGAUGAAGUUUUCGAAAGCUGAAAAGUACAAAUUUUUUCAAGUGCAAACAACAAUAAUCAUCAUUUCUAUUUCUAUUUUGAUUUUUUUUUUU